AUGGGACUGGCGGCGGAGGGCACGACGACGUCCACAUGGACUCAGAAAGUGAUGGACUUGCUCAAGCAAGACCGCACGAUCAAGAAGUAUGCUUGCAUGCUCUACUUGAUGAACUAUCUGCAUUACGUGUGGACAGCAAAGCGGCCAUCGCUGACGUACCAGUCGUCGCCUCGUGCAGCGGCCAUCCUAGCGAAAUGCUCGCUCUUAGUUGAAAAGUAUCAUCCGUCUUGGUACUUGCUGAACAACGGGCACUUGCACACGAUCAUGCUGGCCAAGCUGACGUCCCAUCCAGAGAUUCAUUACGAGCGCCAAAUGGUUUCACUUGCCGAUGGCGGCGCUGUGUCUUUGGACUGGGCGGUUCCGCCUGGCGUCGCUCCGGCUGCCGUCAACAUCCCCGACGUCCCGACUGUGGUUAUCUUUCAUGGUCUCACAGGAGGCAGUGGCGAUAACUACGUAUGUGUGACGGCGGAGAAGCUGGUGCGCCAGGGCUGGCGUGUGGUUGUGAUGAAUGCCCGAGGGUGCGCGAAUACGCCGCUACUGACCCCCCAUCUGUUUUGCGGUGCCUACACGAACGACGUCCGGGAAGUCGUGGCCAAGCUCCGCCGCGACCACGUGCCGACGGCGCCGCUGGUUUCCGUGGGGUUCUCGCUCGGGUCCAACAUCAUGGUCAAGUACAUUGGCGAAGAAGGCGCGGCGUGUCCGCUGUCGGCCGCCGUGUCUGUGGGCAACCCGUACGACUUUAUGUGCAACAGCCGCAACAUGAACUUCUCGUUCGUGCACGACGCCAUCUACAACGGCCCUCUGGCCACGAACCUCAACAACUUGUUCUUCCAUCAAUCGAAUGCCCACCAAAUGUUUGCCGCCCACCCCGACAUCAACCUCGUCGCAUUGCAAGCCACGACUCGCGUAUGGGACUUCGACGAGCAGCUCACUCGACGUGCGUUUGGGUAUGCGUCCGUGAGCGAGUAUUACCGCGAUGCGUCGAGCAGCCAAUACUUGAAGCAUGUCAAGAUUCCGCUGCUGUUGCUGUCUGCAAAGGACGACCCGAUCUGCAUCCACACGGCGACCCCGUUCGACGACGUGGUCGCGAACGAGCAUCUGAUGCUGGCGGUCACAGACACUGGCGGUCACUUGGGGUUUUUCACGGGAAACAGCGUCGUGGACGUGCCCGACAUGUGGUCAGCCAACGUUGUGGCGCAGUUUUGCAAUGCGAUUGA